GUGCGCGGCUGCUCCCAGGCCGCUCCCGCCGGGAUCGCUCCCACAGAAAUGACCACGCAGUUAUUUUUUUCUUUCUAGUACGGUAUUCUCUUCAAGCAAGAGCAAGCCCACGAUGACGCCAUUUGGUCGGUGGCCUGGGGGAAAAAUAAAAAUGAUGGUUCUGAAACGGUGAUCUCUGGUUCUCUGGAUGACCUGGUGAAGGUCUGGAAGUGGAAUGAGAAAUGCAGCCUCUGAUGAGACAGUUUGGAGAUGUGUCCUGUGAAAGGAAUAAUGGGAAGUGAGUGAAAGAGGAAAUGACAGCUUGCUUUUUUAUUAAAAGGAACGACGAGAAGCUGGACCUGCAGUGGACGCUGGAGGGGCACCAGCUGGGGGUGGUGUCGGUGGACAUCAGCCACACGGGCGCCAUCGCCGCCUCCAGCUCCCUGGACGCCCACAUCCGCCUCUGGGACCUGGACACGGGCAAGCAGGUCAAAUCCAUCGACGCCGGGCCUGUUGAUGCUUGGUCCCUGGCUUUUUCACCUGACUCCCAGUACCUGGCAACAGGAAGUCAUGUGGGGAAAGUAAAUAUUUUUGGUGUUGAAACUGGAAAGAAAGAAUAUUCCCUGGACACCAGAGGGAAGUUCAUCCUUAGCAUUGCCUAUAGCCCAGAUGGAAAAUACUUGGCCAGUGGGGCAAUAGAUGGAAUCAUCAAUAUUUUUGACAUUGCAACUGGAAAACUCCUGCACACGCUCGAAGGUCAUGCCAUGCCCAUUCGCUCCCUGACGUUCUCCCCCGACUCUCAGUUGCUGGUCACGGCCUCAGACGAUGGAUAUAUCAAAAUCUACGACGUGCAACAUGCAAACUUGGCUGGCACGUUGAGUGGUCAUGGAUCCUGGGUUUUAAAUGUAGCAUUUUGUCCUGAUGACACCCAUUUUGUUUCCAGUUCAUCUGAUAAAAGUGUAAAAGUUUGGGAUGCUGGGACGAGGACCUGCGUUCACACCUUCUUUGACCACCAGGACCAGGUUUGGGGAGUGAAAUACAACGGAAGCGGGUCCAAAAUCGUAUCUGUUGGAGAUGACCAAGAAAUCCAUAUUUAUGACUGUCCAGUGUAGAUGUCUUGACUCAGACCCUCUGGUGAACUCCUGGGGCAGUUUCAAGGACUGCUCCUGUCCUAUGUAAUUUUUUAGUAUGAUAAAACCAUUUCAUACUGACCUGCAAACCCAGAUACAUUUGUAUCCAAUUUUGAUUUUGUUUAGCAUGAGAGAAAAGCCUUACUUUUUUAAAAUAAAAGCUACAGAUGCAA